AUGCUGUCUUCCUUGCACCUGCCAUUUUGUGGCAACGGCCAGGUAUUGGAAGUUGCUGCAACAGGUAUCCAGAUUCGACACUUGGAGGAUGAUUUUGAAGAGACCUUGCCACUGGAUGCGCUCGGUGGGGGGAAGUACUUGCUCGAACCUGUGGAUUCCGACGAGGAAGCCACAGGUGACGUGCAGGAGUUGCUCCGGACAGGGCGACUGCGCGUUGAUGCAACAGGCGCAGGCUUGCAGCUCCGUUGGGUCAAGUUGGGUUAUGCCGUGGACAAGGCCUCGGCUUCACAACGGCAUAGGAAGGGAUACAUUGCUACUCUUGCCUUGUGA